AUGACACGCCAACUCAUCCCUCAACUCUCACGGCAUGUUGACGGCCAUGGCAGCGGCUCCGGCCAGUCGGUCCGCAGCAACACCGCCUACUCGGUGCGCGAAGCGCCGUUCGGAACGCCGCGCCCAAUCCGCAUCAUCGGUAUCGGUGCCGGGGCCAGCGGAAUCAACAUGAUUCGCACUCUCAGAAACACACUCGGUCCUUCGACGUACGAACUUGUGAUUUACGAGAAGAACGCGGACGUCGGCGGUACGUGGUUCGAGAACCGCUACCCGGGUUGCAAGUGCGAUGUGCCCAGCCACAACUAUCAGUUCUCCUGGAGGCCUAACCCUGCGUGGUCGAGUUUCUUCGCACCCGCAGCUGAGAUUGAGGAAUACUUGUGCCGGAUAUGUGACGAUGAGAAUAUGCGUCCAUACAUCAAGACGUCGCACCAGAUCGUUGCCACAUCGUGGUCCGAGCCGAAGGCCGUCUGGGAAGUGCAGAUAAAGGACCUGGAAACAGGAUCUAUCGUCACCGACCAUGCCAACUUCAUCAUCGAUGCGACAGGAAUUCUCAACAAGUGGAAAUUCCCAGACGUGGAGGGCAUCUCAGACUACCAGGGCACCCUCAUCCACAGCGCAAACUGGCCCAAGAACUUUGACUACGCAGGCAAGAAGGUUGCUGUCAUCGGCAACGGAGCGUCUGGUGUACAAAUAGUGCCAGCCAUUCGGCCUCAUGUAAAGGAGCUCCAUCACAUCAUUCGGACGCCCACUUUGAUCAUCCCACCACGUGUGGCAACGAUGAAGAUGGGCCCUUCUGCCCCUUUGAUGCAGCAGAUUGAGAUGGACGAAGAAGAACGCUUCUCGUCAGCGCAGAUUGAGCGGUUCAAGAACGACCCGGAGUUCUACCAAAAGUUUGCCAAGACUCUGGAAACCGACUCCAACAUUAAGUUCGCAGUGGCACUGGUGGCAGGCAGUCCCCAGCAGAAGUGGGCUUUGGGCAAGACAAAAGAGUUCAUGAUGGCGAUGCUCAAGGGUGACGAGAAGCUCUGCAAACAGCUCAUCCCCGACUUCGCGCUGGGUUGUAAGCGACUUACUCCCGCGCCCGGGUAUCUCGAAUCUUUCCACGAUCCCAAGGUUUCUCUUCACACGGAUGCUAUCAAGAGGUUCGUGGCCAACGGAAUCGAGCUGAACAACGGACGUGUCCUCGAAGUUGAUGCCAUCGUCUGUGCCACUGGCUUCGACUCUUCGUUCCGCCCCUCGUUUCCUCUCACCGGCCGGAACGGAAACUUGCAGGACAUCUGGGCCGAGCAGACACCCAAGGCGUACAUGUCCCUCGCCGUUGCCGGCCUGCCCAAUUACUUCAAGUUCCUUGGUCCCAACGCACCCAUCGCCCACGGUGAUGUUUUUACACUUAGCGAGCACAUCGCCACCUACAUCGCCAACACGAUACGCAAGUGCCAGACGGAAAGCAUCCGGUCAAUCACCCCAUCGGAGGCGGCCGUCGAGGACUAUUUCGAGCACACCGCCGCAUUCAUGCCUCGCACGGCAUUCACGGGCGGGUGCAGAUCCUGGUACAAGCAGGGAGAGGUGAACGCCCCCGUGACGGGCCUGCACCCAGGGAGCAGGAUGCACUUCAUCCGCAUGCUGGAACACUUCAGGGGCGAGGACUGGGUUUACACAUACGAGAACGCAAGGCAGAACCGUUUUGCGUACCUCGGCAACGGCUUCACGCUGCCUGAGAUGGAGAUGCUCAAGGCUGGGGCGCCGGCUUCCUGA